GAAUCCAAAACAUCUAUCUAUAGUGCAAGAGAACGGGGAGAAAGAUGUUUAACUCGGUUAGUCUGGGAAGCUUCUGCUCACAGACGCGAAAAGACAGGACUUCCGAGUUCGGAGACAGAGCGAGCUGUGCGUCCAACCUUUACCUCCCCAGCUGCACAUAUUACGUCCCCGAAUUUUCUGCUGUCUCUUCGUUCCUGCCACAGGCCCCAUCUCGGCAAAUCACCUACCCGUACUCCACGAACCUCUCCCAAGUGCAACCGGUUCGGGACGUUUCUUACGGUUUGGACCCCACAACUAAGUGGCACCAUAGAGGGAACUAUGCGUCCUGCUACUCUGGGGAGGAACUGGUACAUAGAGACUGCCUUCCGCCAUCGUCCACCAUGACAGAAAUGCUGAUGAAAAACGAAAGUGUAUACAAUCAUCACCACAACCACCCAAGCUCCAACCACCUAUCCACGGGCUUUUAUUCGGGUGUGGGGAAAAACCACGUUCUACCGCAGGGCUUUGAUCGCUUUUUCGAAAGCACACACAAUGGGACCGAAAACAGCUCGACAGAGAACUGUGCUCAGAACGGCGAAUCCAGUAAGCUGGAUUCGGCGUCUCAGCCGCCUGCCGCCCUCCUUCAUAGCGCCACAGGCCCUGAGAAAGACCCAGAGAAUGAAGAGGAAAACGUUAAUUCUGGUUCUUGUGCUUCUUCAUCGGGCAAGAAAGACGACAGCGCCAACAAAACAAGCCACUCGAUGGCUCCCAGUACACCACGCACCAGGAAGAAGAGGUGUCCUUACACGAAGUUCCAGAUUCGGGAACUGGAAAGAGAGUUCUUCUUUAAUGUUUAUAUCAACAAGGAGAAACGGUUGCAGCUCUCCAGAAUGCUAAACCUCACUGACCGUCAGGUCAAAAUCUGGUUCCAGAACCGCCGAAUGAAAGAAAAGAAAUUAAGCCGAGAUCGGCUGCAGUAUUUUUCUGGAAAUCCCUUAUUGUGAACUAAACUCUAAACUGGUAGCUUUGGUGAGAAAUAAUCAUCAAUAUUAUCAUCUCUAAAACUGAAUUGCCUUCGGAGGACAAGGCCGGACUCGACUGGCCAAAAACAAGUGUUAGGUCAUUAAUGGAAACGCUGGGACUAGAAAGAAAAUAAGCUAUCAAUAUGUUUUACGUUUCCUUGUUUUGUUGAACCAAUAACAUGAACCAGCAUAAAACAAGACAUUAGAGAAAUGUAUCUCUGACAAUAGCAGAGCAAUGAAGGUAAACUAUUCCAUUGUUUUCCAAUGAAAGAUUUAUAUUUACCGUUUGUCACAUUCGGCCAAACAUUUGAAACAUUGUAAUGGCAAGUACAACAUCAGUAAUUAUUUUUGUUUGAUUAUAUCCUAUUUCGAUUCACUUGUGAAAUUCUGUCUUUCCAGUGACAUUUCUCUCUGUAUCUCUGUAUUACAUCAUUAUCCUUUCUUUGUGAAAAUGAUUUUGCUACUAACUGAACCGACUUGAGGACAGCCGCACAGACUCUUCUUCAUAGAUAUGCAGAUAUAUACGCAUUUUUGCAGCAACCAAGAACUUCGACACGAAUCAUCGGUCCCAAAUUAAUCUCCUUUCAUUUGUUUAUAAAAUGUUAUCACUGAACCUAAUUAUUAUAUUUUCAAGAAUUCUGAAAAUAACUUAGCUCUAGGGCUACAAGCUCUUUGACUAU